AUGUCCUUUCCAUCAGUCCCUUCGGUCGAAGAAGUGAGCAAAUGGAGCCCUAAAGAUGUUAUUACCUUUCUCGAGACUAAAAAGGAGGAACUAUUUCUUGACGACGACGACAUUAAUGUAAUCAAAAGAAACAAAGUCGCCGGUUGUGCUUUUCUCGAUUUAAGCCAAGAAGAAUUUGAACGAUGUGGAUUGACAGUUGGACCGGCGAAAACAAUCAUGAGAUUGAUUAAAGCAAUCAAAAGCCAACCAGAAG